CAUUCUCAUACAAGGGUGAAAGAAAACAAGAAAGAGCCACACCGCUAUCUCUGUCUCUACCCCAAUGCAAAACACUCUAUAAAUAUAAGCAACUAUAUAGUUUGUGCCACUGCUUUGGUAAGGGUGUUGGUGUCUCUUGGGUGGCCUUGGUUUGACCAAGAUAAGAUCACUUAUGGCCACCUGCUUUGUUCUUUCUCGUCUUCUUUUCUUGCUUCUCACUCUUUCAGAUUCAGCUGUCAGGGUCGUUGGUGCUGGGCUUGGAAUUAACUAUGGUCAGAUUGCCAACAACCUUCCAUCUCCCUCUCGCGUUGCUGUGAUGCUUCAAUCCCUCAAUGUCAGCAGGUUAAAACUCUAUGAUGCUGAUCCGAAUGUCCUACUUGCGUUUUCCAAUUCAAAUGUUGAGUUCAUUAUUGGGCUCGGGAACGAGUACCUUCAAGACAUGACUGAUCCCAUCAAAGCUCAAAAUUGGGUUCAACAACAUCUUCAACCCCAUAUAACUCAAACCAAAAUCACCUGCAUCACUGUCGGAAACGAGGUGUUCAUGAGCAAUGAUACUCGGUUAUGGUCAAAUCUCCUCCCGGCGAUGAAAAUGGUGUAUAGCACUCUCGUUAAUCUUGGAUUAGAUAAACAAGUGAUUGUCACCAGUGCACAUUCUUUUAAUAUCAUAGGAAAUUCUUACCCUCCUUCAUCCGGGACUUUUCGGCAAGAUCUUGCCGAAUACAUCCAGGCAAUCUUGAAUUUUCAUUCUCAAAUCAAGUCACCAUUCCUUAUCAAUGCAUAUCCUUUUUUUGCAUACAAGGAUAAUCCAAACCAAAUAUCUCUAGAAUAUGUCCUUUUCCAGCCCAACCCAGGGAUGACAGAUCCAAACACAAACUUGCAUUAUGAUAAUAUGUUGUAUGCUCAAGUAGAUGCUGUGUAUUCAGCGAUUAAAGCAAUGGGGCAUACAGAUAUUGAGGUUAUGAUUUCGGAGACAGGUUGGCCAUCUAAGGGGGAUCCUGAUGAGGUCGGAUCGACUCCAGAAAAUGCAGCUCUAUAUCAUAGUAAUCUGUUAAAUAGAAUUCAGGCGAGGCAAGGUACACCAGCAAAACCAUCUGUGCCGAUAGACAUAUAUGUUUUUGCGCUUUUUAACGAGAAUUUAAAGCCCGGUCCAACAUCUGAAAAGAACUAUGGACUCUUCUAUCCUGAUGGUACUCCAGUUUACAACAGUGGAUUGCAGGGCUAUCUUCCUGGAAUAGUUUAUUAUUCUUCAGCAUCCACUAUAAAUGCAUGGUCCAUCUUCAGCUUGGUGAUCUUUGUUUUGUCCGUACUUAAGAUCACCUGAAUUUUGUGCAAGGAGGGAGAGAUAAACAACAAAAGCAUCACCCAACAAAUCGCACGGCCACGAAAUUUUUUCUAGGGAGAGAGAGAGAGAAUGGCAGCAAGGGUGGUCUUGUUUCUAUCACAGCCAUAUGACGAGAGAUGUUGUUUCUCAAUAUCUUUACCUCAAUGGUCUAGCAAAGCAUCUAUACAAGUUUCGUGUGUACUAAUAUUGACGGAAUGGCAUUAAUCACUUACAUACCAGGAUGUUGUAUCUUGGAUUGAUAGUUCAUCUAUAGAUAUUAAUUAUAGAAAA